AUGUUACGGCGCCUCCGAUGGAUCAUAGCUGGCUUCAACUUCCAUAAUUACAAAACCAUCAAUCCGUCUAAGCCUGAUGCGAAACCUUUACCUUCACCACAACUUCAAACCACUCUCAAUCCUAAGCCCAUUAAACCUAGUAGUAAUCAAAAUCAUCCCCCAAUGUUGGAGAUUGUACAUGAGAUUGCUAUUUAUAUUCAUAGAUUUCACAAUCUUGACCUCUUUCAACAAGGGUGGUAUCAAAUUAAGAUUACGAUGAAAUGGGAGGAUGGUGACUAUAGUUCGUUGGGAACUCCGUCGAGAGUUGUUCAAUAUGAAGGUACUUCUUUAUUUCUGUUGAAGUUGGCUCCUGAUUUGGGUUCUGAUGAUACAUAUGGAGUGUGGAGGAUUGAUGAUUCGGACCAUAGUUUCACAACGCAGCCUUUCCGAAUCAGAUAUGCAAGGCAGGAUAUUCUUUUAUGUGUCAUGAUCUCUUUCAACUUAUCUCUUGGUAAAUACGAGGGUCCUUCAACUUCUGCUGUAAUUCUGAAAUUUGAGCUUUUGUACGCUCCUAUAUUGGAGAAUGGGACUCAUUUGGUAUCUUUGGAUGCUUGCCCUGCUGCUGUCCAUGAAUUUCGAAUUCCUCCCCAAGCUCUUCUGGGAUUACAUUCAUAUUGCCCUGUUCAUUUCGAUGCUUUCCACGCGGUGCUUGUUGAUUUAAGUGUACACAUCAGCCUGAUGAAAAGUGGUGUUUACACAUCCCUAACGAAGGUAUCCAGUGAUUCUUGCACUGGUGAAGAUGUUGCUGCUGAAAACUAUGACAAAUCAAAACAAGUAUGUGCUCCACGCCCAGUGUUUGUCUUGCAUACCUGUGGAGUUCUGUAG